AUAUAAUGAUGGACUAUUUAUUUGUAAUAAAAAUUCCUUUUAUUUAAAAAUGAUAAGUCAUACUCAUCUUUGAACAAAUUGAAUUGUGUAUUGAUCAUGAUGAAUCUCUUGGUUUGAUUUUACCGGUAAUAGAACCAACAAACAAACAAUCAAACAAACAAACAACUAUGUCAAAACAAUUGAAUUUUGAAUCAGAUUCCAUGCAUAAAUCUACAACAUUGAAUGUAUUGCAUAAAAAAUGGAAUGUUCUACGUACAGGUGUUCUAUGGGCACAACGUUUAAAAUCUAUGAAACAUACCAAAACAUCGGAUGUAAAUUAUGCUCAGUUAAAUAAUAAAUUUUAUAAUUGUAGCUUUACUAGUCAAAAUUAUACUGUCGAUGAAAACAAUACUACUAAUAAUACUUCUGCUCAUAACAGUAAUCAUAAUCAUAGUUUUAAUAAUAAUAAUAAUACUAAUUACACAUCACAACGAACUGUAUCAAAUAUCACAAGAUUAACUGACAAAGAUUAUGAUUAUAUUGAUAAGUUGCAAAAACGUAAUACUGUCAUUAAACAUUGUUCAUCUGCGAAACGUUUAGCAAAAACUUUCUCAUCAUCUACAAAUGUGAAUGCCAUAACAUCAAAAUCAAAUGAUUUUGAAUCUGUCAAUGAUUUAUCAUCAAAGAGUCCAAUUUUAUUUUCCUCCAGAUUUCAAUCAUCAAUGUAUGAAAAUAAUAAAGAUUUCAAAGAAUUAUUUUUUCACUGUGAUGAUUCAAGUAAACAAAACUCACAAAAUACCGAUGGAAAUGUUAAUAAACUAGAUACUACUAAUGAUAAACAAGUAGUUAACACAAUUCUACAUAAAACGAAUCACAAUGAAAAUCCCAAUACAAUCAAUAGAAAAGAAUCGAUUCAAAAUGAUUCAUCAGAGAAUAAUAUGAAAAUAUCAGUAUUAAAUGGAAUAUGGCCAGGUAAUCCAUACUCACCACUACCAUCACCGGAUAUAUCUGUCUUGGAUUCGGAUUUAAAUGAAAAUCAUUUCAAUCUUGAUUCAGUAAUCAAUAACAAUGAUAAAAAUUUACAACGACAUGAAAGUUGGCAAAGUUUAGAACUGGAUACAGCACCUUCAUCGUCAGGAACAGAAAUAGAAUCAAUGUCAACUAAAACAGUCACAACUGCAACAUUGCCGACAACAACUACUACAACAAAUGAAAACAUCAGUGAAUUAUCAACAAGUAAUCAAAGUGGACAAGAUAAUGAACAAAUUGAUUUAGCUAGUAGACGUGGUCGAAGAUCAGCUAUCAUUGACAAAAAAAAUUUAAUCGGUGAAGCAGAAGUUGAAAGUCAAGAUAAUAUAACAACAGUAUCACAGGGUACUAGCAAAAACUUAAAUGAAACUGGACAAGAACGUUCAACAUUAACCACAUCAGUAAAUUCAUUUCGUGAACGACAAAGGAGAAUAUUGCGAAAACAAAAUACUAUAGCUGAUUUAAGUUAUCGAAAUCAAAUGACCAAUACAAAUCAAGAUUAUGAAUUGAAAAGAAGAGCAAAUGUUUUCAUGAAACUAAUUGAAAGAGGUACACGUUCUAAAGAUUUAAAUGAAGCAUUACAAUCACUUAAAUCUUCUUAUUUUCAUGAUCAGUAUUUAGAAUCAUUUAGAGAUUCCCAUUGGUCGCAACUGGAUAAAAGUGGAAAUUCAGAAGAGGUUAUGUCAGAUCGUGAAGUUCGACGACGUGAAGCAGUAUGGGAAUUGUUUAAAAGUGAACUGACAUUUUUUACUGAUCAUCUUAUGGUGCUAAAAAAUUGUUUUAUGGAACCAUUAAAAAAACUUCAAGUUGAUGGAUAUCUUAUGUUUGUUGAACCAAUGCAUUUAUUUGGAAAUUUGGAUGAUUUAUGUUAUGUUAGUCAUACAUUUUGUCGUGAACUGAUUAGUAAUUUAAGCCAAGAAUCAGUAACAAAUGAAUUUGGUAGUACGGAUGUCUUACUUCGUCCUCUAAAAAGGUGGUCUGAACAUUCAAGAGAUGGAGAAAUUUAUCAUAAUUAUUGUUUAAAUUAUGAUUCAGCAUUAACUUAUUUAGAUAGUUUAAGAAAACUUGAACACUUUAAUGAAUUUGAAAAGUGGUGUGAACAAGAUACUCGGUGUCGACGUUUACAAUUAACAGAUUUAUUGGUUGCACCAAUGCAACAUUAUAUGAAAAUACCAUUAUUAUUAAGUAGUAUACGACGUUAUACAGCUAGUAGUGCAGAACAAGAAAUGUUAACAGCUUGUUUAAAUAAAGUUGAAAAUUCUUUAAAAUCAUUGGAGGAUAAAAUGCGUUGGUUGAAAAAUUUCGAACGACUUCAAGAAAUUCAAUCCCAGCUGAUAUGGCCAUCAGUUUCUGAACUAGAACCAAGAGUAUUCAUCCCUGAAUUUUUACGUCAAAGUUUAAUACGCCAACCAUGUGAACGACUGAUUGCAAAUCCUAAACGACAAUUAUUACAUGAAGGAUUUUUAACAUUGAAUGAUGGAACUAAAACAAUUGAAAUAUUUGCUUUUUUAUUUGAUGAUUUCCUACUGGUGACACGAAUUAAGAAACCACCCAAAAAGAAAUCAUUUUCAGAGAAUCCUUUAACUGGUCGUAGUAUAACAGAAGGUGGAGUAUUUGUUGUUUAUAGACAAGUGAUUGCAUUGGAUCGUUUUACAAUUCAUGAUUUAGGAAUUGUUGAAGCAACUGCUAAUGGAUUACGAAAUGCUAUUGUACUUGUACUGAUCACUCGAUUUCAACAGAUAACAGGUGUGUACACUUUACAAGCAGCAAAUGAACUAGAUAAACAAAGAUGGAUUGAAAAAUUACGCAAUAGUCAACAAGCAUUUCAAGAGAAAUUAAAACGUAAACUCUAUGGUAUUGACAUUGAUCAACAUACUAAUAAGCAUAGUAAAUUAAUUAAUGCUAAAAAUAAACUAUUCAGUCAAACAUCUAUAGCUGAUGAUUAUUUAAAUAGUAGUUUAUCAUUGAGUAUUAAAGAUACUACUGAAAAAGGGAAUAAAUCACCGGAUUCUUCCAAUGAAACGAAUAAUAAUAAUAGUAAUAAUAGUAAUACUGAACAGAAAGCUUCAAAAUUAUCAUUCAAAAAGUUGACCAAAUCUAAAACCGUCGAGGUAGAACAACAGCAACAGCAACGGCAGCAACGGACGCAACAAGAUGAUCGUAAGAAUGAGGAUGUCGUUGUUGAUGUUGCUGCUGAUGAUAAUAACGAUGACGAGGAAAACAAGGACAAUUCACAAGAAUGUGAUAAGUCGAAUGACAUUGUGACAACAAUCAAUCCACCACAAAUAUCUACUAGUGAAGCGAAUGAUGAAGGCGUCAGUAAUAAUAAUAAUAAUAUUACUGUAACUAGAUCCGAUACUGAACAGUUGGAAACCGACAAUACCUUAUCGGAUAAUACAGAUCGUUCAUCCAACAAAUCCAUUUCAAGCAUUAACGAUACAAAAGCCAAAUCAAAUGAUAUUUUACUAUUGCAUAAUAAAACUCCGGAUUAUAAUAUUCAUCGAAAUAGGCAUAGUCUUGAUCCAAAUUUUACUACAUCAUUAAAUAUAUCCGAUGUGAAAUAUUCAACGGAUUCAUUUACUAUGACUAGUUCUUCAUCGAGUACAAUCAAUUCACCUAAUACAAAUUUACUACAAAUGACUACAACAAUAACAGAGAAACAAAUUGUUGCACCGAUAUUUUCACCGCCUAGCCUGAUAUUAUUUGAUCGUAUUACACAACACAAUGAAUUUCCUUAUGAUAUGACAACAAGACAAGCACAAUUCUCUCCACCAUUAUCUCCAGUAUUACAUGCACCUUGUGCAAGUUUACCAUUGGAUAUAACAGCACAGAAUGUUUAUGAUCAUUUACCAGAUAGAAUGUUGGCAAAAAUGAAUAUUAGUGAAGAUUCCGUGAAAUUAGAUAAUAUAAUGAUUAAUAAAAGAUCGAUUAAAGGUUAUUCAGCAUCUCCACCAGUCAAUCGUAAAAAUGAUGAAUCAAAUCAAUAACUGAACAAUAUGUUCAACAUUUCAAUAUUAUUCAUUGUACAAAAUAGAAAAAAUUGAACACUGUGUCAAGAGAAUAAAUAAAAUAUACGUUUUCAAUUGAUUUCAUAUUACAUAUUAUAUUAUAAAACAUACAUUCAAGUAAUAAAUCAUAUCGACAUUGAAUGUAUAGAGUAAAUAUUCUCUUCUUUAUAUGUUGUACAUUGAGAUAGAAAAAAAACCCCAAAAUUCAUUCACAAAAUCAAGGUCAUUAUUCAAUGAUCAAGGCAACGGCUGAAAUCAAUGAUCAAUUUGUGUACAAAAUUCAAUAUUUACAUUGACGAUGCAUUUAUACAUACAUAUACAUAUAUACAUAAAUUGUAUGAGUACAUUAUACGCUUACAUUUGAUACAAUCAAUCUACAAAAAAGAAAGCAAUUUGCAUUUUUUUUUUCUACCUCCACACUUAUAUGAUGUGAUGUCACAAUAUCGUUGUUUUAAUUCAUCAUGUAUUUUGAAAAUAAUAUUUGAAUAAUUUUGUUUUUUCUUUUCACUUAGAUUGUGUUGUAUUUUGUUGUGUCAUGUUUUGUCAAUGUCAGUUCAUAACAGAUAGAUGAUUGUUUCAUGUACACUGAUAAUUAAUGUUUGUUGUCUAGACUACACAUGAAUUCUCACACACAUUUGCACACACAAACACAUACACACCGAUAUGUACUCUCAUAUACCUAUUCUUGACAAGAAAAUUGUUUUGUUAUUCUUUUAAAAAUUGUUUGUCUGUUUGUUUGUUUUUUCUAAAAAAAAAUAUUUUUCUGAAAUUAAAUUAUGUUUUAUGCAAUGAA